GAAUAACGUGUGUCUUAACGGACUGAAAUUGAAGAUGUUCGUAAUUCUGUUUCACUUCUCUGCGCUGUUUUCAUAGUUUUUAAUCAUGCUGGUUGCGCGAUCGGUUGUCAGAAGUCAAGGCCUGAGAAUCCUUGGUACUAGAAGUGUAGUUUCUCUGCCUCCCAAUGAACCAGCAACGAACUUGAACCCAGGCAGCACUGACCUUAAAGAGUUGAAAGUGGAAAUCCAGAGAAUUCAUGGUGAAUGCCUGGAAAUUCCAUGUGUUGUUGGUGGAAAGGAAAUCUAUACUGGAAACACAGGAUACCAAGUGGUGCCCUACAACCACUCUCUGAAGAUUGCCAAAUUUCACAUGGCAACUGAGGAAGUGAUAAAGGAGGCCAUUGACAGUGCCAUGGCUGCAAGAAAGGAUUGGGAACGUACACCUCUUGAACACCGGGCAGCCAUCUUUCACAAGGUUGCAGAUUUGAUUACAGGAAAAUACAGAAUCCCAUCUCUAGCUGUCACAAUGGUGGGACAGGCUAAAACUGCAUUUGAGGCUGAUAUUGACUGUGUUCAGGAGAUAGCUGAUUUUUAUAGAUUUGGAAUUCAUUAUGCAAAGGAACUGCGUGAUGGUGUAGAGCUUCACCAAUCUAGAGGGGCAAUCAACCAACUCAAAUACAGAGGUCUGGAGGGUUUUGUUGCUGCUAUUUCACCUUUUAACUUCACUGCUAUUGGUGGAAACUUAGCUGGUACCCCAGCAAUUGUGGGCAAUGUUGUUCUCUGGAAACCUGCCUUAACAACAAUGUUGGCCAGUUACCAGGUGUACAAAAUCUUCCAAGAGGCUGGUGUUCCUGAUGGUGUUGUGAACUUUAUUCCAUCAUCUGGCAAGACAUUUGGAGAUGUGAUAACAGCAUCACCUCAUUUAGCAGGAAUUAACUUUACUGGCAGCGUUGAAACAUUUAGACACAUUUGGAAAAAUGUUGCAGAGAACAUUGAUAUAUACAGAACCUUCCCAAGAUUAAUUGGAGAAUGUGGAGGAAAGAAUUUCCACUUUUUACACGAGUCUGCUGACAUAGACACGGUGGUUAACUGUACCAUUAGAGCAUCUUAUGGGUAUAGUGGUCAGAAAUGUUCCGCGUGUUCAAGAAUUUAUGUUCCAGAAUCCAAGUGGGCAGAGGUUAAGGAACUUCUUAUUCAAAAACACAAAGAACUGAAAAUGGGUUCGCCAGAGGAUUAUGAUACCUUUGUAUCAGCGGUUAUUGAUGGCAAGUCGUACAAGAAAAUAAAAGAGUACAUCGAUUAUGCCAAAGAAAGCCCAGAUCUCAGUAUUAUUGCCGGAGGAAAGUGCGAUGACAGUGUGGGUUAUUUUGUUGAACCAACUAUCAUCGAGACUAAGAAACCCGAUGACAAACUCAUGAACGAGGAAAUUUUCGGCCCUGUUCUUACCGUAUACGUAUACCCAGACCAAAAAUGCAAGGAGACGCUUCAAUUAGUAGACAAGACUUCUCCAUUUGCUCUGACCGGGUCCAUUUUUGCAAAAGACAGAUAUUUUAUCCAAGAAGCAGCUGAUAUUCUGAAAGAUGCAGCUGGUAACUUUUAUAUCAACGACAAAUCAACUGGAUCUGUUGUGGGUCAGCAACCUUUUGGAGGCGCGCGUCUUUCAGGAACAAAUGACAAGGCAGGCAGCUCUCAUUACAUCUUGAGAUGGGUCUCACCACAAAGUGUUAAAGAAACCGUGGUACCAAUCGAUGACUACAAAUAUCCGCAUCAAUCAUGAAUUACUUCAGUCGGUGCUGUAAUUUUCUGAGAAGAACAGAAUGUAUUCGAUGGUUUCAAAGCAAAUUUCUGCUCUCGCUAAGGGCAGGAGUGAAUGCAGUAGAGGAAGUAAGGAAGAAAUCGGAAACUGUCCAGAAAUCAUCGCAAAUGAUUUGCAGUUUUAAAUGAACGAUUUUUUAACAAGCGUUUCAAAAACGUUGGGAAUGAGAUUGCUCUAUUUACUUGAAAUUUAAUUCGAAUAAUUUUGGGAAAAUUUUGUACAGAAGAUGCAUCGAUAUCAAGCCAUACGUAGUGAAAAUGUGCAUGGUUUCUUAUCAAGAACAAAUGUCUUGAGAAAAACGAAUAAAUAAAUCAAUUAUCUAAUUUUAACCACUGAAUAUGUCACCUUGAAGAUUUCCCAGCGUUCAAUUAAGAUAGAAGUCCAAAUAACGGGGUAUUUAAUUUAUUUUUCUGGCCUUGUGCAAAAAUAAACAUGAUCGUUUUCAA